CACCUCCUGGCUGGCAUCGAGAGGGCCGACUCGGUGGCCUGGAACCCCCACAAGAUGCUGACGGUGGGACUGCAGUGUUCGGCCUUCCUGCUCCGCGACACCGGCGCCACGUACCUCUUCCAAACCGAUAAAUUUUACGACAUCACCUACGACACGGGGGACAAGACCCCGCAGUGCGGCCGACGGGUGGAUUGCCUCAAGCUCUGGCUCCUCUGGAAAGCCAACGGCACCGAGGGGCUGGCGCGCCGCGUCGAGCGGGCCUUCGCCUUCACCCGGUACCUGGCCGAGGAGGUGAAGAGGAGGGACGGCUUACAGCUG